AUGGCGGAUUUCAAAUUUAUAUUAUUUAUAUCCCUUUUGGCAGUUAACUACAUUGCUGCGAAUAAGGUUGUCGAGGAUGAGGAUUGGACUAAAAUAUACGAGACAGCUGACAUGAUCUGCGCUUGUUCCAUUAAUCAGUUAAAGCAGAAGAAAUGUUCUCUAGAUCUACCGUUCUACAAAGUAGGGGAUCCUAUGAAAAACAACAUUGAUCAAUUUUGCGAAGGUUUCAAAAAUAUUAUAUCUAAGGAAACUAAGUCAGUCAUAGGCCAUGGUGCAGCGGGAAAUAGUACAGAUGACAAAACUAAGUCAUCAAUAUCAACAGAUCUAAGCCAUGGCGCAGCGCACAAUAGUACAGAUGACAAAACUAAGUCAUCAGUAGCAACAAAUCCAGGCCAUGGCGCAGCGGGCAAUAGUACAGAUGACAAAACUAAGUCAUCAGUAGCAACAGAUCCAGGCCAUGGCGCAGCGGGCAAUAGUACAGAUGACAAAACUAAGUCAUCAGUAGCAACAGAUCCAGGCCAUGGCGCAGCGGGCAAUAGUACAGAUGACAAAACUAAGUCAUCAGUAGCAACAGAUCCAGGCCAUGGCGCAGCGGGCAAUAGUACAGAUGACAAAACUAAGUCAUCAGUAGCAACAGAUCCAGGCCAUGGCGCAGCGGGCAAUAGUACAGAUGACAAAACUAAGUCAUCAGUAGCAACAGAUCCAGGCCAUGGCGCAGCAGGCAAUAGUACAGAUGACAAAACUAAGUCAUCAGUAGCAACAGAUCCAGGCCAUGGCGCAGCGGGCAAUAGUACAGAUGACAAAACUAAGUCAUCAGUAGCAACAGAUUCAGGCCAUGGCGCAGCGGGCAAUAGUACAGAUGACAAAACUAAGUCAUCAGUAGCAACAGAUCCAGGCCAUGGCGCAGUGGGCAAUAGUACAGAUGAUAAAACUAAGUCAUCAGUACCAACAGAUCCAGGCCAUGGCGCAGCGGGCAAUAGUACAGAUGAUAAAACUAAGUCAUCAGUACCAACAGAUCCAGGCCAUGGCGCAGCGGGCAAUAGUACAGAUGACAAAACUAAGUCAUCAGUAGCAACAGAUCCAGGCCAUGGCGCAGUGGGCAAUAGUACAGAUGACAAAACUAAGUCAUCAGUAGCAACAGAUCCAGGCCAUGGCACAGCGGGCAAUAGUACAGAUGACAAAACUAAGUCAUCAGUAUCAACAGAUCCUGGCCAUGGUGCAGCGGGCAAUAAUACAGAUGACAAAACUAAGUCAUCAGUAGCAACAGAUCCAGGCCAUGGCGCAGCGGGCAAUAGUACAGAUGACAAAACUAAGUCAUCAAUAGCAACAGAUCCAGGCCAUGGCGCAGCGGGCAAUAGUACAGAUGACAAAACUAAGUCAGGCCAUGGUAAAGCACGCAAUGGUACAACCGUCAGAAGGAACGAUGGAAACGCAAAGCCUUUGACAAUUAGCGAGGAUCCGAACAAGUAUUCGUUGACAACGCUGCUAAUAAUAUUGUUUUGUUCUUUUGGUGCCGGGUUGCUCGUUGCUUUUGCGUCUAAAAAGGGAUACGACCACUACAAAACACGAUCAUUUGGGGGUGUCCGCAACCAGGCAUAA